ACAGUUACGGUGGUGUGUGUUGUGUAUUUGUGUUGUGUUUUCAAUAUGUGUAAUUGUAGUAAUUGUACCGUAAAAAUUACCACAAAUUUGUGUUGAGUGCACUAUUGUCAUGGAAUAAUAAUAAGAUCCAUGUAUUAUUGUGAUGGGUUCCAGGAUAAGGGAAAAUGUCAAACAUUUCUUUGAAUGUUUUUGUGAAGUUGUGCCCCCAACGAAUGAUAAAGAGCCAUGGAUAAUUCAACAGUAUCCUGAGAAAUAUAAAGAUGAGGAAGUUUUAAAAUCUGUACCCAAAUUUGCAUAUCCUUAUAAAUUUGAAAAUGAUGUUAUUCAGCACUACUCUUUUGUGCUUACGGAUUUAGAAUCUAAGUGGACUUUUGGCUUUUGUAGACAUGAUCCUAAAUCAGAAACAGCAAUUGUUGUUUUAAGUUACCUACCAUGGCAUCAAGGAUUUUACAAAUUUCUAGAUACCACAGCAGUAUUAAUGCACAGUUCUCGCACCGAGGACCUUAGGGAAUUUCUCUCUGCUGUGUACAACGCCAGAUUGGCGGAGCCAGGCAAGAAGUUCGUAGUUCCUUUUAACAGAGGUGAAAGUACUUUCGCGGUUGAUGUUCCUAGGCCGUUCCAGCUACCAAGUAUUCCGGAAAAUAGGAAUCUUACGGAGUACUUCAACGCCGUGGACACCCACAACAUGAUGGUGGUCUUCGCGUCGAUGCUCUACGAGAGGCGGAUCAUCUUCACCUCCAAGAAACUGAAGAGGCUGAGCGCCUGCGUGCAGUCCGCCAACGACAUCAUCUAUCCCAUGAUAUGGCAGCACAUUUUCAUCCCCGUUUUGCCGAUGUCCCUCAUCGACUACCUGCUGGCGCCCAUGCCCUUCCUCAUAGGGGUGCCGCACGAGGUGCUUAAGCAAGUCCGUAGAAGCGAAAUCGGCGAUGUGGUAAUCCUAGACGCCGACGCCAAUACGGUGGAAACGCCUUUCGAUGAUCUCAAUAAUCUCCCUCAAGAAGUAAUAGUGUCUCUGAAGAAGCAAUUGCGGAACAAAUCGCUGGGCGACGGCGUGUCCAGGGCCUUCCUCCGGGCCCUCGUCCAACUGAUAGGCGGCUACAGGGACGCGCUUAGGUUCCAAUCGGGCAAGGAGGUCACCUUCGACGAGGAGAAGUUCAUCGAGACCAGGCCCGUCUCACUCCAGCCCUUCCUCAGGGAGAUGCUGCACCUGCAGAUUUUCCAACAGUUCAUAGAAGAGCGACUAACCAUGUUAAACACGGGCCAAGGUUUUUCCGACGAAUUCGAAUUCGAGCUCGAAGGGUACUGCGCCAAAUCCGGCUCGAAGCUGAAGCAGCAGUACAAGGAGUGGACGUCGACAAUGAAGAAGGAAGGCACCGCGUUCUUCAAGAGCGUCAAAGAUAAGGCUAAUCCAGCAAUGAAAUCGGCAGUAAAGACGGUGAAGGACGGCGGGAAGGGGGUAAAGAGCGCUUACAAAGGGUUGCGGUCCAGACUGAAGGAAAACUCGGGACCGCACCAGUUGCAGAAUGGGCUGGAGACCGGCGAUAAGCCGCGUUCCGCUCCGAAUUCGCCGACAGGGAAACGGAGGACGAUAGCAGGGUUCAGCGCCCCCAUCGCCAGCUAUCGCAAGGACGCCGCGCUGAGCUUCAAGCCUUCUGGGAUUCAAAGGUCCUACAGCCCACUAAGUCCCGGCUCCCAGCCUAUAUCGCCAGAUGCUUAUUUAGAUACGCCAAGAAGUGGAAGUCCUACGAUAGAGAUCCCCAGAAUCGACUUGAUGAAUGAAAUGGAGGACUUACUGCAGCUGCGUCUUGACACACCUCCAGUCGACCGAUCGCUAAAACCAGUGAGAAGUUUAGAGAACUUUAAAAACACCUCCCCACUGUCCAGUCCCGACCGGUGGGUGUUCCCCUCCAGAAUGGGGGCGCCCAUAGCUUCCCCACCCAAUCGUUUCUUCCUCCCCACAACCAACCAUUCCCAAGAGACGCAGAACCUCCUCCAGUCACCGGACGAUGUAUUUCUGUCACCCCCCUCUGUCCCCCCUAGAGUUCCCGCUAAGGACACUAGCAGGGACCUUUUCGGCACUACACCCUUUGUUGUCGGUGGUGGGCACAGCGAAAAUGGAGAUCCCCUGUUUUUUGUCGCUAAUCAGCAUUCCGUUGAUAUCGUUAAGUUGUCGCCUCCCACGUGUUCGCCUAGGCGGAAGCAAAACGAAGAAACGGAAGAUCUCAUUCGAUUAGAUUCCACGUCGGACUUGGAGGAUUUCGAUCCUCUCACGUCUAAAUCGUCACCAUCCCGGUCUAGCAGCAAGAAUAGUCAAGUUCCUCUUAGUAUUACCAAUCCUUUGUAUACGUAUGAAAAUCACAGCGUGAAGCAGAACGGAAGGAUGCCCAGUUCGCAGCAGAACUUAAAUAGGGAAUGCAGUCGAAACGAUCAAGACUUGCUGCAAGAGUACGGUUUAAAUUUUAAUUUUUCCGGUAUGCAAAGCCAACAGAAUUUCGACCCUUUUAACGUCAACAAAGUCAAUUCCCAGGGACAAUGGACAAAAUUCGAGUAAAAGUGAUAGUCUAUAUUGUGCAAAAUUGUUUCUUUUUUUAAAUUUUAUUUAUAUACAUUUUUAAUUAUUUUUUUUUUGUUGUGUACGUGAA